GAACAUAUUAAAUAUAUGGGAUACAGUGUUCGCCUGUCUUUAUUCAGGGCAAUGUCAACUUUAAAAUCAACAGAGAAAGAAAUAACAAUAAGAGCUCCGUGGGGAAAUAUAAAAGGUUUAACGUGGGGUGACUCCAAGAACCCACCAGUCUUAUUGAGCCCUGGUCGUCUCGUACCCUGUUCUGGAUUCCGUCCUCUUAUUCUCAAGUUGCCAACCAAUUUUUUCUACGUCAGUAUUGAUUUACCAGGAAACGGGUAUUCCGAUCAUCUCCCCAAAGGAGUACGUUUUACAAUUUGGGAUCUAGUACCAACUUUACAGUAUGUCACUGAACAUUUUAAAUGGGAACAUUUCAUUUACAUUGCACACUCCCUUGGAACAGCUGUAGGCAAAUACUUCAAUAUGGCGUACCCGGGUGUGAUGACGAAAGUAGUAGACUUGGACCCUGUACCUGCGUAUCACACGAUCUUACCAGAAGAGAUACCGAGCUGGUACAAGGAGAUAUACGGAAGUCAUUACCAAGAUAAGUCGUAUAAAAAACAUACAAGUGGCAAGGAAUCCGCGCCAAAGUAUAGUUAUCAACAGAUUAAGGAAAUGAUAAUGAAAGCUCAACAGCUGUCUGAAGAGGCGGCUAAUCAAGUUUUAGAUAGAUACAUAGAGCCGGCAGGAGAUGGACUGUUCAGAUUCUCGUACGACCAACGCAUGAAAAGUACAUUCAAAUUACCUUUCCAACCUCAACAUUUAAAGGAAAUGUAUACACCACUUAAAACACCAACACUGGCUAUAAUAGCAAAAGGUUCCAUAGACAACGGAUCGUACAGCCGUGUACCCUUCGUGAUGGAUGAGUACGCUUGGCCGCAUGGCAAUUACAGAUACAAAAUUGUUAAUGGCGGACAUGACGUUCAUCUUGAAAACCCGGAUUGUAUGGCGGAUGACAUUUCAAAAUUCUUAUUGGAAGAUAUAAAAGCUAAAUUGUGAAUAACUAAAAGCCAUCAAACUAA